AUGAGUACGAAUAACACGUUUGCGGAAAUCAACGACCAACAGUCAGAAGAAGAGCAAAUGACCUCUCAUCAAACGAAAGAGCCAGUUUUUGAAUCAGACAUGAACAAUCGAGUAAAUUCAGCAACAACUGUUGGUUCGUUGAAAUAUCAAUAUCACGUCAAAAGCUUAUCAGUCGAGGGUUUGGAAUCAUCAGCUUUAUCAAAUGUUUCAGAUUUAAAACCGAAUGCACAAUCUCAGCAAUCAAUACAACAACAAACACACGGAUCAGGCCGAUUUUUAUCAUCAAUGUUUGGCUCGACAAAUCAUAAUAUUCAGCCACCAUCAUUCCAAAAGGUAACAACUUCUUCCUCAUCUGUGACAUCUUCUGAUCAAAAAGAACGAGAAUGGGGAAUUUUCUGUAUGGAAAAUAGAACAGACAAGCCAAUUUAUUGGGGUGUCAAAGGAUUGCAUAUUCAUUGGAAAAAAGAGAACAAGCCAACAAUUUUGCCAAGUAAGAGUAAUCCUUUGUAUGAGUACCCUCCUGCUUAUUACUUUUACAAUCAAGAAAAAACAGCUUCAUCUUCCUCAGCACGUUUAAAAAGCCACAAACAUUUUUUCUUUUCCUCUUGUCAUGCAAUAGAUUUGACAAAUGAAGGCCUGUCGGACUGGAAUAAUAUUAUCCGGUUUAGACUUGAACCAAACACAUUUUGUUUAGGGCGAUUUCCAUUUCAUACUUAUUCUGAUUAUUUCAUUUUAUUAGUUGGUUUACAUGAUUCUGAAUCAACUCGCAGCAGCCACACAAAUUUAUCAACCUCACCAAAUUCAAAACAUGAAGAAUCUUCGAAAAGUGACUCUCUUUUUUCGAGAUAUUUUGGAAAUACUAAAAAUUCAAUUAUGAACUACAUACCUCGAACCCAGACAUCAGUUGAAGUGAUGGAAGAGUACGACGACCAACCAACUUCAGAACAAAAGAAAGAGACCAUCACAUCUACCGAUAAAAAGACAACUACCAAGAAAAAACUACCAUUUCAUUGCAAGGCCUAUUACAUUGAACACUUUCAUAAUAAGGACGUAAUUUUGGCCGCAACUGUAACCAAGUCAUUGUUUCUCUUUAGUGACUAUACAACUUUUACUCUUGAGCCAAUCACAUACAGAUUUUUUCCAAAUUAUCGACCAUGUGAAAAUGCAUCUGCCGAGCAGAUAAAAUUAUCUAACAAUAUCUACUUCGAUGAAAUUAGAGAAAUUUGCAUUAAGAAAGGAUCAAAAAAGAAAGUGAGUGAAGGAUCUUCAAGAAAUGCACUCCAAUUUCAUGGUUUACAAAUGUACGAGGACGAAGCUAACAAUACUCUACGAGAGAGUAUUUUAUUUUUCUUUUUAUUUAUGAAAAAGUUAUACGAAAGACUUAAUAUUUUACUAUUGUUGGACGAGUCUGAAAUUGAACAACCCAGUGAUUUGGGCGAGGAUUUAGUGGAAUAUCUUAUGAAAUUUUUAAUCGGCUCCAAAACGAUUGUAACCCAUACUGACAGCCAAAAACGUGACGUGCUCAAGUGGUUCAAAUCUUGUGUAAAGUUAAUAGGAUUUAAUAAUGGCAAGGAAGCCAAAGAGAACAGAUAUGUUUUAUCUAGGAGUGAUGAGUCGUUCAGUAGAUCAUUUGUCAUGUACAAAUUUAACGAGGAUAGUACUGAUACUGAGGACUUUUUCAACACUGACGAAGACGAACAAACUAAGCAAACAAAGCGACCUCUUUGCCACAUUGACGGAGUUAUUGUAUUAUCAACAGUAGGAAACAAAAUGAGCAAAGAUUUUAAAAACAAACUGAGGCUUUUGGAAGGCUUUCCCACUCUCUAUGUCCUUCAUGGCCUCGAUAAAUGCACCGACAUUUAUGACGCCAUUAAAAGGAAGGAAAAUGCAGAAAUUGAAAUUUCCAACCUUUACACCAACUCAAAACCAUAUAUUGUGCAACACAAGGCAAUCAUGACUAAAAUCACAAACAGACUCCACAGAACUUAUUCUCUCUCAAUUUUUCCGAGAGGUCAUUGA